AUGGGUUACCCAGGGGAACCCACCUGCAUCUGCAGGACCUGGUGCCGUGGCGGAGUCAGCAGCUACAGUGAGAAAGAUGAAACGGGAACUUCGUCAGCUCAAGAGAAUAUGAUCUCCGAUAAUGGCAAACUGACUUCUGUGUUAAUAGGGGGGCCAUUGCCUCGAGGACAUGAGUUUGAACUACACGAUGUUCGAUUUCACUGGGGGAGAGAAAACCAGCGUGGUUCUGAACACACGGUUAAUUUUAAGGCCUUUCCCAUGGAGCUUCAUCUAAUGCACUGGAACUCCACACUGUACAGCAGCAUUGAUGAGGCAGUAGGGAAGAAGCACGGCAUAGCUAUUAUUGCUUUGUUUGUGCAGAUAGGAAAAGAGCAUGUAGGCCUAAAGGCUGUAACUGAAAUUCUCCAGGACAUCCAGUACAAGGGAAAGUCCAAAACAAUACCCUGUUUUAAUCCCAACUCUUUAUUGCCAGAUCCUCUUCUGCGUGACUACUGGGUGUAUGAGGGCUCUCUAACCAUUCCACCCUGCAGUGAAGGAGUCACCUGGAUAUUAUUUCGCUAUCCUUUGACUGUGUCCCAAGUGCAGAUAGAGGAAUUUCGUAGACUGAGGACACAUGUUAAAGGUGCAGAACUUUUAGAGGGCUGUGAUGGAAUCCUAGGAGAUAACUUCAGACCAACUCAGCCACUUAGCGACAGAGUCAUCAGGGCUGCAUUUCAGUAGCAGAAGAGGAAGAACAACAAAAAUAAAUCUUUAUUCAGAGGGAGGGAAGACAAUGCUCCCACAGUGCCCUCGGAUGAGAAAUGGAAACUUUUGAGGCUGCUGCUUCAGUUGAACGACAAAGCCUGUAUUGUUUGUCUUCAUCUAAUUCAGCCUUGACAGACAGCUGUGACAGUUGGCCUGUCCACACAGUCCAGUGAAAUUCUGGGAAUGGGGCUGUACAUUAAAAGAAUAAAACACAUUAAAUCUUCCGAUUCACACUGUUAACUAUUUUUAAAUGGUAAUUAUCAUUGCUUAUAUAGUUUCUUUACCGUGGCAUUCAGUAGUGGUCUGUGAUCCAAACAGUACUGAUUUUAAGCUCGGUAUGAGAAAAUGUAGAAAUGUAGAAAUAUAUGUGGAAAUACUCAUUAUUAUUUUGAAUGUUAGAUUUAAUUUUAUUCCAUAUCAUCUCUUGUGCUGUCAGUAACCAUUUUUUCUGUAGAGGGGAGGUGCAUUCUAUAAAGCUAAUAAAAACAUUGUUUGUUCACAGAGA